AUGGCCAUAUUAGAGGAAGACAUAAAUGUUCUUAAAGGGAAGGAUGAAGAAAAAGUUACAUCCAAUGCCGGCAACUCCAAAGCACAUGAAGACGACGACGCUUGUAGCAACACGAUGUCCUGGAUGGUUCAGACAAAAAAAGGUUCAGCUGAUAGUUUACCAAUAAAACGUGUCGUAAAAAAGGAGAAGAAGAUUAACAAGACGAUGCCAGGGAAAAAAGUGAAGAUAGAGAAAACAUUUUCUAUCCCACAGCUAAAUGACCAAUCCAUUUCUACAGAGGAUUGGGAAAAUCAUCUAAAAUGGCAGAAAAGUGUAAAGUGUAGACUGGCGUUGGAAGCACUAGCUUCAAGUUUGGAGGAGCCUACACGCAAAAGAAAAACGAAGCUGACAAAGACUCAAGUUUUUUCAUACGUAGGGAAUUCAACAAUGAAACGUAUCAUAUCUGGUAAAACGGUCUCCAAGGAAUCUUAUGACCCAUUAGCUAAGGUGGCUCCAGAGAAAUUGAAGAAAGUAUUGGACUUCAUUAAGUCUGAUCUGGAAGAUGCUGAGUCUGGUUAUGGAGAUAGAAGUGCAAGAUUUUAUUUGACCUUGUUGCUACCAAGAGAAGCUUGGCCAACAAAGAAUUAUGGCUGGUUGCAUGACUCUCACAUGGCUGCAGCAAUGCAUAUGUUUCACAGACGCUCCAUCCAAUCCCAGUCUCCAUAUUAUUCUCCUCGAAUUGCAUUCCAUGACCGAUGGUUUGUGAACUCAUGGGUUAACGACUACAAAAAGUAUGAUGAGACAAAUGAGUUGCCAGAACAUUUUAGCAUGGCUUUUAAUGGAGAAUACCCAGCUGAAUUUGUCACAGGUAAGAAGUGGCUUAAAGAUGUUGACUCUCUCUUCCUCUGCCACCAUGUCAACGGCGACCACUGGGUUGCUCUUCACAUCGAUCUGCAGAAGGAGGAGUGCAUGCCGUUUACAAAAAUGCUUCCUGCAUUGCUUAACAAGAUGGUCGAUCCUAAGUUGAGAACAAAUCCUGACAAGCAGUUCACCUACCGCUUAAGUGAUCAGAUCAUACCAGCAAUGCGAUUGAAGAUGGCUGCAGAGAUUUAUGAUGAGGUGGCUAUGGAGGAUUAG